CCUGUGGGGCUGGGGCAGGGGGUGGAAGGGGACAGGAAGGAGAGGGGGCCGAGUGGGGCUCUCUUCUCCCCAUUGCUCUCCCUCCCGGCCUGGGCGGUGGGGGAGCGAAGGGAGGUGGGAUCCUGGCGCUGUGAAUAUGGGGCGCUGUGCAAGAGUUCCUCCAGUCUUGUAAAGCCCCCCCUUCGCCUUGUAAAGGCCCCCCCUUCCCCUCACGGGCUCAGCUCUCCCCCCAGACCUCGCAGAGGCCCUCUGGAGGAGCCUGGAUGCCGCCAAGGGGGAGAUGUGAAUCCAGAUGGAGCACUCGGAAGUCAGAGGACAAAUACAGCAGCAAAGGCAGCGGAAGCCUUGGGGAAAGCUGAUCCGCUUGGGGGCUGAGGAAGCCGAGCCUCACCUCUUGUUGCUGAAGAAAGAGUUGACAAUUGGGAGGAAAAAAGGUUGCGACCUGUCCUUUCCUGGCAACAAACUGGUGUCUGGAGAUCACUGUAAAAUAAGGGUGGAUGAAGAAUCUGGUCAAGUAUCACUGGAGGAUACCAGCACUAAUGGAACGGUUAUUAACAAACAGAAGGUGGUGAAGAAGCAGACUUACCCAUUACAGACUGGAGAUGUGAUCUAUGUUAUUUACAGGAAAAAUGAGCCAGAAAACAAUGUUGCAUAUCUUUAUGAAUCCUUGAAUCCAAAACAGGACCCAGCUAAUGAGCCAGUAGAAGCCACUGUCAAAAGCAUGUGCCAUAUGACCAAAGAUACCUCAAGUACCAGACAAAGCGAAGAUGGGACCUCAGCGGCAUUGCCACCGUCGGCUAACCAGGCUAGCUAUGACGAACCACAGCCAUCCACUUCCACGUCGAACCUCUUUAAUGCUGCUUCUACCUCUCUCGCUGAGGCCAUAUCCACAGAGCAGGAUAAUCCUUCAACAUCUGGGUCGCAACCGUACGCCUUUAUUCCUGCACCUUCCCUGCCUGGCUUAGAACCAUGUGGUCCAGAAGCGUCACUUAAACACAAGCAGCCAAAUGUAAAUACUGAAACUUCUGACACUUCUUCAGGGGAUAAAGAGAAAACCGUGUCGGCUAUGCCCAAGUUGAAAAGCAGGGAUGAAGAGGAAGCCCUGGAGCCUGCCAGGAAGAAAAUAAAAGCAGGUGGCGAUGCCAGCACGUAUCUCCAGGUGAUUCCUCCAAACGUAUGUGCAAUUAAAACGGGGACUGAAGACACAAAGUCACCAAAUGUGAAGCCAGACAAAAUGGAAGAAACACUCACCUGCAUCAUCUGCCAAGAGCUGCUGCAUGACUGUGUCAGCUUGCAGCCCUGCAUGCACACUUUCUGUGCCGCGUGUUACUCAGGAUGGAUGGAACGCUCCUCUCUCUGUCCAACUUGCCGCUGUCCGGUGGAACGUAUCUGUAAAAACCAUAUUUUGAACAAUUUGGUGGAAGCUUACCUCAUCCAGCACCCAGAUAAGUGUCGCAAUGAAGAAGAUGUGCGAAGCAUGGAUGCCCGGAACAAAAUCACUCAAGACAUGCUUCAGCCAAAGGUGCGGAGGUCCUUUUCGGAUGAAGAAGGAAGUUCUGAAGAUCUGCUGGAGCUGUCUGACGUAGAUAGCGAAUCCUCUGAUAUUAGUCAGCCAUACAUUGUGUGCCGACAGUGUCCGGGGUACCGUCGGCAACCCGUUACGGCCAUUGCCUCCCCGGGCCAGGAAGGAGAAACGGAAGCCCGGCAGCCCUUGGGGGAUGCACCAUCUACCUCUGCCAACUUUCCAACAGCUGUCCAGGAGUACGUGUGUCCUUCUCAAGGAAGCCACGUGAUAUGCACUUGCUGUUUCCAGCCGAUGCCGGACCGCAGAGCAGAGCGGGAACAGAAUCCGCAUAUCGCCCCCCAGCAAUGCACCAUCUGUCUCCAACCCUUCUGUCACUUGUACUGGGGUUGCACUCGAGUGGCAUGUUUUGGUUGCUUGGCACCGUUCUGUGAAAUAAAUCUUGGUGACAAGUGUUUAGAUGGCGUCCUUAAUGGCAAUAACUAUGAAUCGGAUAUUCUAAAGGAUUACCUGGCAUCCAGGGGUUUAACAUGGAAAAAUAUGUUAAACGAAAGUCUCCUAGCUCUUCAAAGAGGAGUUUUUAUUUUACCAGAUUACCGCAUUACUGGAGAAACUGUUCUCUGUUACUGUUGUGGCCUCCGCAGCUUCCGAGAGCUUGCUUAUCAGUACAGGCAGAAUAUUCCUGUUGCUGAAUUGCCAGUGGCUGUCACGUCACGCCCUGAUUGCUAUUGGGGGCGCAAUUGCCGGACUCAGGUCAAAGCUCACCAUGCAAUGAAAUUCAAUCACAUCUGUGAACAAACACGAUUCAAAAACUGAGGGUGUUUUUUGAGGCAUUUAACUGGCCUGAAUACUCGCAGCCUGUAAGAAAGGAGGGGGAAAUUAAAUCUGCAAUACUGACCGUACAGUUAUUGUUUCAUUGUUCCCUCAUAGCAGGGAGUUGGUUACUCUUUUUACAUCAGAUGCUCUGGUGUAUAUUUUUGAUUUGUAAAACGUUUUUCACAGUUUAUGAGCAGGUCAGUGUCUUUUUUUCCUUUUCUUUUCCUUCAAUAUCCAGUGUGGAACAAGCAAUUCAUUCAUGAUUAGUCUGCCCCUGCUUCAUCAUGUUUUUGACUUAAUGACAUCAUCAUUGGACUGAAGGAUUCUAAUGGCAUUGAAUAAAGUAGGGGGAGUCUACACUGUGUGGCAGUAAUUGCGCUGUUCAAAUAUAUUGAGAGCUAUUGUUUGUGGGGUGAAGUAGGACUACAGGGUGGGUGCAAAAAGUUGCUAGGCAAGCUCCUUCUUGAAAAAUAGAUGGGCAGCAGUAGUUAUCCACUCCACCCAAGUGGUACAGUGGAGGACAGUUGGGGCUGUGUCUACAUGGUCUUGCUAAGGGGAUUGGUUGCAUUGCCCUUCAAUCAACAUGGCUGUCAAAAAAGAUCACAGCUGGAUUUGGCCUGGCCCAUCCAGUUGUCAGGGGCGACUUGUGAUACCCUGCCCUUUCUUGCAACAUUUGCUCCUGAGUCCUGCAAUGCCCAAUCAGCGCAGUUGAAAUGUACCCUUUUUAUUUGUGGUGGUGGUGAGAUAAAUGGGAGCAAUCUCUUAUUUUUGGUCAGGUCUUUUGCUUUCCUGGAAUCCCUGGGGCUCUGCUCUCUUCUCCUCCCCUUAGAUACAUUUGCUUUUCAGUCUUGGGACCAGAGCGAUAGCAAGACAGUCCACCUUCUUGUUUUGCUAUCCGUUGGACUUUUGAGAUCAAAAUAAUAGUAAUCCUGGACCUUGUUUUACGAAGCGAAUGUGUUCAUGCAAGUCUUUCUUUUCUUUUUUAACAGCCAUUGGGAGAGAAGUGGAGGUAAUAUUUUAGAGCAACCCCACCAAUUGUUGACAUUUGCUGUCCCCUACUUACAGCUCAGUUACACUGGAGACUUGUUAUUCCUUACCUAGACCAUAAACGUGGUCUCUAGAUAGUUGUACAGAAUGGGCACAAUCCAAGCAAGGUCAAUAACUUUUAGUUGCUGGUGCUGUCAGUAGAACUUAUUUUUU